AACAUGUAACAUGUUGCCACAUGCAGCCUACAGGCAGAAGAUAGGAAAGAUCAGUGAACUUUUAUAACUGGUCUGCUGUACAAUUUACCUGAUAGUAUGCACUGCACAGCAUUUCACUGUACCUUGGGAUAAGUGACAAUAAGGUAUCAUCGAAUCAUUGCAUUGAAUCGUCCAAUGAAUUGGAUUUGAUAUUGAAAAAUAUUGGGCAACACUUAAGGGAUUUCCAAUUUAAAAUGUUGUUCCAGUUGAGGAAAUUAGCUCUCUUCCUCUUAUGAUUCCACUUUAAAGCCCGAGAGACUUGCCCCGCAGUCGGCGGCAGUGAAGAGCGUUUGAAUGACAAGGAGUAUGAGGUUGGAUGGAAGUGUCAGGGGCACUGAAGGCUGUGGGGAGGGAUGUACGCGAGGAGAUCUGUGCUCGAUUUGCAGCGCCGACGCCGCCUUUAUAAGGGACUGUGCAAAUGAAGAUCGCACCGCUCCCUUGACUGCAACCUCAAAUACACAAACGUCGAGGAAGGCGAAGUAAAAUCUUCGGGAAGGACGGGGCAACGCAGAAAACUCCUUGGAAUAAGAGCAGGAGAGACGUCUCGGCAGAAUCCACAAGGAGAUAAGACAGACAGAGAGAGAGAGAGAGAGAAAGAGUGAGUGAAUUUUAAAGGGGGGAAUUGCAAAUACAGGGGAUUGAUGCAAAAUGAAAAUGGACUGGAAGAUAAUUAAACUUGCAUUCGACCAGAAUAACUUUGUAAAGCUUUAAUGAUGCAAAUGUACCGAUAGUCUCGGAAAGGCACAGUAAACAUUGCAAGGAUAGAAGAGUUAACGGCGCUGGUGAUUUUUUUCCCUUCCACAGGUGCAGGGAUGGAGCCGAACCAGAACGUGUGGGGGUUGAACGAGAGUAGCAAUGUGACGGGAGAACACUAUGAGACCGGCACGGACGGUUUCAUCGUCAGCUUCGUCUUCAGCCUCAUCUUUUGCCUCGGGGUCCUGGGCAACUCUCUGGUCAUCACGGUGUUGGCCCGCAGUUCCCCGCACAAACCUCGAAGUACCUCCAAUAUCUUAAUCCUCAACCUCAGCAUCGCCGACCUGUCCUACCUUCUCCUAUGCAUCCCCUUUCAGGCCACUUACUACAUCUUGCCCCAUUGGGUCUUUGGGAGCUUUCUCUGCAAGUUUGUCCACUACUUCUUCACGGUGUCGGUGCUGGUCAGCUUCUUCACCCUCUCGGCCAUGGCUGUGGAUCGCUACAUUGCCAUCGUCCACUACAGGAAGUCCUCGUGUAUUCGAGUGGCCAGACACACAAUGAUCGGCGUGUUGUUCAUCUGGUUGUUCUCGUUAGCCGCUGCAUCGCCCGAGGCGUACAACCACGUGCUGAUAUACAGGGGUGGCCACGGUCCCUUCUGCUGGGAGUUGUGGACAGUCCUCCUGCACAAGCAAGUCUACAAAGUGGCCACCUUCGUGGUUGGCUACAUGCUGCCUCUGCUUCUCAUCUGCUACUGCUACGCCAAGGUCCUGAAUCAUUUGCGCAGAAAACUACACAAUAUUUCAAAGAAGUCCGAAUCUACAAAAAGGAAGACCGCCCAGACGGUACUCGUGGUGAUCGUGGUGUUCUGCAUUUCCUGGCUUCCACACCAUGUGAUCAAUUUGUGGAAUGAGUUCGGCACAUUUCCGCUUACCAAUGCCUCCUUCAUCUUCAGGAUAGCUGCCCACUGCCUGGCCUACAGCAACUCGUCCGUCAAUCCGAUCAUCUAUGCCUUCCUGUCGGAAAAUUUCAGGAAGUCCUACCAGCAGGUGUUCAGGUGCAAAAUCCGGAGCACCUCUCCUCUGAACGAAGUCAAGGAAUUUCAAACUGCAACAGACAUUGUGCAGAUGACUGCACUGAGCAGUGAGCAGAAUUAGGAGUGGGUCAGUGAGUGUAAUGACAACACAUUUUAUUCACACUAUUCAAACAUUGUUCUAUUAUUGCUGUUCCUUUGGAGGUCAGUGUUAAUUUUGGGUUGCAAGAAGGAUUGUUGGAAUUUCCACCAAUGCACAGGAAGGAAGUAAUAAUGUGAAUAUUAAUAAUUGAAUUAUUAAUGUGAAUAUUAAUCACUUCCACCGUUGCACUGGAAGUAAAUAUAAAUGGGGAUAUUUAAUUUCCAUAUAAUUAGAAUAUUAACCCCAAAGGAAUAACAGUUUAGUAUAUCUGCCACUCUUGGCAGCCCAGACUAUAAGAACUCGGAAGAACAUGCUGUUAGCACUCUUGCCUCAGGCGUCAAAUGUUUAAGGGUUUAUUUUCCACUGCAGACUCCAGUGCAUCAAAUACAGACCAACUCCCAGUGCAGUGUUGAAGGUGUAAAGGACUGUUGGAGAACUAGAUCUUAAGAUUAGGUGCUAAACUGAUGGCCCUCUGCAUUUUCAGAUGUGAAUGAUAGAUCCAAUGGGAGUAUUUUGAAUAAGAGUAUCGUGGACAAUAUCAAUUGUCCAAUCAACAUUGCCACAACAGACCUGUUCAUUAUUAUAUUGUUGAUCUAGAUGCAAUCAGCUGUCUGGUUUACUUCAUUUCAAUGUAGAUUUCUUUCAUCAAACGUAUAUUUUUCUUGGAUGUCCUGAGAUGGAUGCUAAAAAAACUAGGUAAAUGCAAGUAAUUAAAUUGCAGGCUCUCCAGCAUACUGAGCAAAAUAUUGCAGCUUCAUAUUUUGAGAGGGGGUAGGUUUAUUGGAGACGUGAGGGGCAAGAUGUUUGCGUAGAUAGUAUUGGGGAUCGGGAAUGCACUGCCAGGGUUGGUGGUGGAGGCAGAUAAUAAUGUCAAAUACUAGCUGAUGGGGCAAUUGACCAGUGGCAGUGAUUUCAGACAGAAAUGAUUGCUAAUGCUUUCUAACCUCACAACAUUGUUUUAAUGAGGGAUUUGCACCUGAAAAAUUGGCACUGAAAGAUCCAAACUCAAGGCUCUCGAGUUUAAUUGAAAGAUAGAUAUCAGAAGUGGCAAACAAGAGAUUGGAGUUCAAAUCUCACUGUGCCCAAAUCAAAUUGAACAUAGCUAAUUAAGUGCAAUGAUGAAUCAGAUGAAUUUGUUUUAGUAAACAACAAUCGUCACAUAUGUCCUCAGGAAAGAAAACGUGUUAGUCUUUUCCCAGCCUGUCUACAGGUAAGACCUAAUCUACCAGUUGACUCCAUAAUGCCCCUUUAAUCUAGCAAGUCACUCAGUUCAAGGAUAAUUAGGGAAGGGCAAUAAAUGUUGUGUCCAGUUGCAAUGCAUUUCUGAAAAUUAAUAAAGAAAAAUAGGGCAUUAUCAAGGUCUCUGGCAGUGUGCUGCUGCAGUUAUAAUAACUAAUUAGGACUACCUAUUGGGAAAAUUACAAUCAUUUGUUUGAAUUUCACAGUAUUAUUGGAAAUUUAAGGCUUUUAAAAAAAAUUGCCUCCUAUCUGUUGAUUUCAGUUAAAAGAUGCUGAUCAAGUUAAUCCUUUUUAUUCCAUUGCCUGAGAGCUGGCCAUUCAACAUGACCUUGUUUCUAGUCUACAGUCAUAGAACAGUAUGUAAGUGGUUCAGUGGAAUCCUUUUCGUUUCUAUAGUAACUAGGAAAAUAAAUAAGACUUUUAUUUAAUCAGUGCUCUGAUGGGCUCUGUACUGUAUUGUGUAUUGUAUUGUGAAAAUCAGGACAUGUUGAAUGUCAAUAGUUUCAAGGAUCAUUUCAUUCAGUGACAUUGUGGAUACACUUAUGAAAAGGGAAGGUAUUUGCAGGAUCACAGGACCCUGUACUGAGUUCAGGGGAGAGAGGAGGGGCUUCUUCUUCUUUGUGUCCUUAUGCUAUAUAAUGGCUCGCCACUGCUGUACACAUCGUUGCGCUUUUGAAGCGUUAAGUGCAAAGUCUGCAGAAGUACAUGGAUUCUCCAGCAAUGGGCAUUGCAGGAGGUGUUGCAUUGUCUGGGACUGUGUGCUACCGUCACAGGUUGUUGUACCCUCGAUGUAGCCCCAUUUGUGCACUGUCACCCUUGACCGCCCGGCCCCAGUUGCAGGAGGGACUGAUGACACAUUAAGCCCUCUGUAGUUCACUUGUAAGUCAAAAGACUGUGGCUCGAGCUUUUCACAGGAGUGAAUCUAUGCUGAUGGUGUCUGUGGAGGGACAGAGGUCAUGAUGAGCUUUCUACAUAAAUUUAAGAUCAAACUCAAGAACCAAAGCUCUGUCUGCACUCUCAGAUGGGAUUUAAAUAUUACCAUGGUGCAUCUUUGAAGCAGAGCUGGGUGCCCUGAUUGGUAGUUAUUCUUCAGCUACAAACUCAGAAAUUCCCUCCCUAAAUGUUUCAUUCCACCUUUAAAAUGUCCCUCAAAAACCUCUUCCUUCACAAGGCCUUACCUACAAUGUCCUUAUUUGUAUUUGAUAUAAUUGUAUUUGACCAGUUUAAGAACAUUUUAUGAUGUUAAGUGUGUGUGUGUGUGCAAAAUGUUCACUGGUAACUCCAGAUCAAUCCAAAAUAAAUUGGAUUGGCAUAUGGAUGAGAAGGG